UCUCGGCCACCGUACAUAGCCAGACCACAAGCACAAAAAAAGCCAGAGUACACGAGUGUUACAUUGGCAUUUUUCCCCUGGAUGAAGUCUUUUAUUUUGAAAGGCAGUCAGCUGUUUCUCUGCUAACAGAGGGAAGCUGCACACCUGAUACGCAACUUGGCUGCACGGGGUGAGUGUUGUGAGCUAUCACCAUAUGGUAACUAUAACUGAGUGUAACCUGUUUCUUGAGUAAAGAAACCAUCUCUUCCGGGUUUACCACCUCCAGUCCUUACUGGUUUGUUCAUUACGGUUACAGGGUGUCUGUAGCUUUUGCCGCGGCUAGCUUGAGAGUAAUACGUAGAGUUAUUUGCUAGCUAGCAGUGAGUUGUUUUGACCACUGCUGACAGAGAUGUGACAGGCCCGGUACUUAAAGGUGUAAAAACAGCUAACAGGAUUUAGAGCUGUGUUUAUCUAUGCUUCGGUCUUUUGGUCAAGAUAAACAGCUUCGAUAAAGACAAGGCAGUGUACUUUUUUAGCUCGUUCUGGCAUGUUUUAGUUAUAAUGCUCGAUUGUGCAGUGCUGCUGUGUUUUUCUGUAAAGGAUAUUAUCAUCUUGGUGUCCACAGAGGUGUAAAUAAACCCCACCAUGCUGCCUGAUAAAGAUGGUAUCGAUGUGGGAGGCGGACAGAGUCCUCCUGAAGGAGAGGAUCCCUCUGUGAGUCUGUUCAGAGAGUACCUCCGCCUCAAAACUGUCCACCCAGAGCCCGACUAUGGUGAGAUUUCUCUGUUCUUAUUGACCUUAAAUACACAGGGUCAAAGCUGCAGAGAAUAUGUGCUGUAUAGACUUCUUUCUUUUAUUGCUGUCAAGGGUCAGCUGCCACUCUUCAGACCUAGAGUCAAAAACAGAUAGGGGAGAGUGGGGUAGGUUGAGCCACCCCUUGUUGCUUGGAAAUGGUAAAAGAAAUUGAUCAUGUGACCAAAUAUUUAGGAGAUGGGCAUCAAUUCAUGGAGUCUAUGAAGGUUAGAAGCACAUGGGUGAAGGGGUUAUAUAUUUAGUAGGGAUAUGGCUCAACUUACCCCAUACUCGGGGUAAGUUGACCAUAGGAGACCACUUUUUUUUGGGAUGCUAUAUUAUCAAGACAGUUAUGUUUACACUCAUUCUGUUGAUUUGCAGGGAUGAACAACAACAUUUUGAAAUAUAUGCAGAUACACUAGUUAGAGACAAAACUAUGAUUGUCUUGAUUUGGUGGUCUGAAAUAUGAAAAAUGGCUGAUCUUACCCCACUCUCCCCUAAGUUAAAGAGUUAACCAUCUCAUCUGUGACAUUUGUUUGCCUGUUUUAUUGGUGGUAACGAAGAUGUGAUUUGACAAAGUCCGUCUCUUAUCAGCCUCUGUUAGACAGUAGAUAGUUGAGGUUACAUAAGAAGAUUGUGGUCUUAGUAUAGAGGAAGCUGAGCUGGUAUGAAAGGCCCUUGCCCGUAAUAAAGAGGAAGAAAAUGAUUACUCUGACCAAAACAAUUGAAAGGAAUUUAAAUGAGGAUGACUGGCCCUCCUCUUUAAGAUAUUCAAUGAGAAAAAUACAAGUAAAGGACCCUUGGGCCACUUUUGUCACCUCCUCAGGCCGAGUAGCUGAAAGUUGACUUACUGGUAAAGCAACUCAACUCAAAACAGAAGGUUGUGAACAUUUAGAGUAUGAUUUAUAAUACUAAACCAAACUUUCCUGCUCUUUGUUUAUUCAUUUACAGAUGCUGCUCUGAGGUUUCUAGACAGGAUUGCAGAGGAGCUUGGGCUACCCAUUAAAAAGAUAGAGGUGUGUGUCUGUAGUUGCAACAUAAUCCAUAUAGCAAAACAUGGCAGACAUUUGCACUCUCUCCAUAUAGAAAGUCAAUAAUCCUGUCUGUUGGCCUUGCUUUAAGGUUUUUCCAGGCAGAGUCGUGUCCAUCAUGACAUGGGAAGGGACAGACCCCACCCUGAAAUCCAUCUUACUGAAUUCCCACACAGACGUUGUGCCUGUUUUUCAGGUUUGAUAUCUUCCUCUGUUUAUAGUUUAGAAUCCUGAUUUUAUCUUAAUUAGACAUGAAAAAAAUGGAUUUGAUAUGAAUCUCUUCUCCAGGAACACUGGAAAUACGAUGCUUUCAGUGCUUUCAAAGAUGCAGAGGGCAACAUUUAUGCCCGGGGAUCACAGGACAUGAAAUGUGUAACUAUACAGUGGGUAUAAACUGCAUUGAUGACUUGUUAUUGAGCAGGAUUUGUGCUCUAGUGAUGUUGUGACCUUCCUGUUUUAACAACCUUCUCUUAGCCAGCAUACUGUCAGAACCGACUACAUUUCUUACAUCUGUCAUAUCUCGUUUGUGUCUUCUUCUUUUCUUUGCAGAUACAUCCAAGCAGUCAGAAGACUGAAGGCAGAGGGACGGAAACUGCUGCGCACUGUACACUUGAUGUCUGUUCCAGGUGGCAUAUUUGUUCACUCCCCCCUUAUCCUCCCUAUAACUUAAUAUAAUAUAAUUGGACCUAACUAGAACUCUUCUUAAGUAAAAGUGUGUUUAUUGACACCUGCCUCCUUCUGCUGACAGAUAAAUGUAAAUUGUUUUAUUUCCAAAGCUAACAAAACAGAGGCAUGGUUCCUUUGUCAUGGCAUUUGUGAUACAAAGAAGUGACAGGCAUAACUCAACUCAACUCAACUUAACUUGAUUUGUAAAGCACUUUAAAACAAUCACAGCUGAACAAAGUGCUGUACAUAAAUAGACAAAACAACGCAGACAUAAAAGACAAUCAAAAAACAAUUAAAACAAUGGGUUAAAUAAAAGCAGUUAUUAAAAAGUAAAAUAUAGUUUCAGUGUUUUUAAAAACUAUUUUAAAAACAAUAGAAACAAAUAACUUAAAACAAACCAUAAAACACUGAAACAGAAGCCGAGUCUCGUGCAGGGUUGAAAGCCAAUGAAUAAAAAUGGGUUUUAAGACGAGUUUUGAAAAUGGACAGUGAGGGGGCUUGUCUGAUUUGGAGGGGUAGCUCAGAGAAGGAUCUAUCCCCUCUGAGCUUCAGUUUGGACCUCGGUACCUCGGCACAGAGCGAGCAGGGGUGUAGGGGUGGAGAAGCUCAGAGAGGUAAGAUGGAGCCAGACCAUUUAAAGAUUUAAAAACAAAUAAAAGAAUCUUAAAAUGAACUCUAAAAUGCACGGGUAACCAGUGGAGGGAGGCCAGGAUGGGAGUAAUGCGCUCCCUCUUACGUACUCCAGUUAAGAGCCGGGCGGCUGCGUUUUGUACUAACUGGAGACGUGAGAGGGAGGACUGGCUGACUCCAAAGUAAAGUGCAUUACAGUAAUCCAGCCGAGAUGUAACAAAUGAUGCAAUUAUGUUUAGUAAGACCGUAUUUGAUGUAUUGUCUUGAGGGUAACAAAUCCCAGCUUUGAGAAGGAGCAUGUGCGUUAGCUUAAAGCAAAAAAUAGCUUAAAGUGAUGUGUGAGUCUGCAGGUAUAGCACUACAGUUUCUAUUUGAACAGCACAAUGUUUUUGGGGAAUCAAAUAAAGGAGAUUGGUAUUGCAUUUAAUCUUUUUACAACAGACAGUUUUUAAUUAAAGUUUUCCCACUGAAAGUCAAGACUAAAUGUGUUCAUUCUUGAUCAUUUGCCAAUCCUGCUAAGCAGAUGUCUGAGCAGCUCGAUUGCUUGAAAACACUUAUGUGGUUGUGGAAAUCCUUUAAAUCAGUGUUUGCUGUGAUUUACACACGCUUGAUUAGCAGGUGAUUAACUAUUUGGCCAGAUUUGAAUAUGUUGGCAUAGGAAAAGAAAUGACAUCUGUUUUUUUUCUGUUUUUUAGAUGAAGAAGUCGGAGGUUACAAAGGAAUGGAAACAUUUGUGAAGCAUCCAGAGUUCCAAAAGUUAAACAUUGGCUUUGCGCUGGAUGAAGGUAAAUAAAUAAUUAGUUGAACCAUCUUCUCAAACACGGACACUCAGUAAACUAAAGAAAAAAAAACUGGAUUCAGUUAGUGACAUCAAGAAAGAAAAAUGAAUUUCUCUAUUUGUAGUUUUCUGAUUAAACUAUUUGGCCAACAUUCCUGCCAGUUGUAUAAUCAUUGUACCACACACAGUAUAUUAUACUUCAUGUUACCAUAGCAACAUCCAUCUACUUCAUGCUACAUUACCAUUAAGGUUGAUUGAAAGAGUUAGAGUGAGGCACCACUUAACAUUGUGACAUCCUCUGCCUCCAUCUAAUCCUCAUAUUAUAACAUUUUCAAUCAUUUCUUCUUCUUUUUUUCUGGGCCUUUUCACACAUUUAUCUUCUUGUAACUCUGGUUUAUUUAGUCACAGUACGUCUUCUUAGAAUUGAUAAUAAUCACGGCUCAUGGCCAACAUCAUGACCCAGAGUGAAUCCCAUGAUACCUUUAACACAAAUGGUUACUGCGUAUUUUCAGUGUUGAUGUUUUUCAAAUACAACAUGACAAGUGGAACACAUUACUGGGAAGCGAUUGGAUGGUUGGGCUUUUGUGUUGCUGUUCUUUUGAAAUGAGCUGUGUCGGUAGAAAUUACUCUGAGGAAAAUCUAUAAGUUUAGAUUUUCAGGUCCAAAAUGAUCCUGCCUACAUAGUGAUGUCUGACACAGUGCUGCAGUUUGAUUUAUUAUGAUGUUAUCAGGGCCACAAUAACAAUUCUAUCACUUACUCUACUCAGUGACUGGGGGUUCAUGUGGUUUUGUUGCUCCUCAUAAGUGUCUGGCUUUUGUUUUAUUUCGUUUUUUCUUUUAUGUUUUUUUAUCAAAUGUUGUAGAGGUUUUCAAGUCUCUUAUUUUCCUGCAUUUGUUCCUCAGGUUUGGCCAACCCUGGUGAGGCCUUCACUGUUUUCUACGGUGAAAGGAACCCCUGGUGUAAGUUUAAAAAAACACACAGCAAAAGAUUUCCACUUUUUCAUGAAUUUUACGGACGAUAGCAAUCAUCCUAGAUCAAGCAGAAUAUCUUCCUCUCGCAGGGAUCACAGUCCACUGCCCGGGGAGUCCAGGUCAUGGCUCCAGGUUUGUGGAGAACACAGCUGCUGAGAAGCUGGUAGGGGUCAAAGUCUUGUAACCAGGCAAUACAACUAUGAAACUGUAAAGGAUGUCACAAGCACUGAGAGGGACGGUCUCGCUGACUGUUUUUGUUUGUUCCUGUCAGCGGCAUGUCAUUAACUCCUUCCUGGACUUCAGAGAGAAAGAAAAGCACAGGUGAGGUUAACAUGCAAUUGGCUUUUGAUUUUUUUCACAUUGAUGCAGCAGAGACUGAGUUCCUCAUUUGUAUUACUAAGUUUUUAAAGAUGAGUUUGAAUCACUUCACAUUCAUAACACAAUACUUGAUCUACUUUUUGCCAAAUUGGAGCCCUAAGCCUUGAGCCCCAACAGGAAAUCCCAACGAUUAAGUUCCCCCUCUCUGCUGCUUUGCAUUCAAUAGGCACAAACAAUGUGCUGAGAGCGUCUUAAUUUACAUUCACUCUCCGUGUAGGAGUCGCUCUUAAUGACGUGUGAGUGUGCCAAAGGCUGGUUACCAAAACAUGUGAAGUCAAAAUGAAGAAUGCAAGAAGCCUGAGCUGGACUUGGCUGUUUAGUAAUAAUCUAUCACUUUGUCUGAAACCUAUUUGACAGAAAUAAAGAGAGCCAAAUUAAAGAACAACAGCCAUCUGGAGGAAAGCCUGUUUCUGCACUAUGAAAUAAUAAGAGAAAGAAGAGGGUUCAGUUGUCCUGAAGGCUCUAUCGUCUUUAGUCGUCCUUGUACUGAUACAGAAAUCUCAUUGAAAUCUAAACCACAUAAAACUAAACUAGUUUAGCCCAUAGACUGUAUAUACUAUGGACAACAUGGUUCUGCCUUCUGCCAACAUACGGAUUUGUAGCCAAAUAGCUCUCUGUAUUUCCGUUUUUUUUCCUCCACUUUCUGAAACCAACAUUGCGCAGUAGCAUUGUGCGCAUUCAGCGGGAGAGUCGCAGAGAGUCACUGUAAUGACAAGCGGCUUAAACAGUGUGUCCCCCGGGUGAGCUACGCAAUCUUUGUACGCCCAUAGGCUGUAUCAAGUGUCAAUCAUAGAAAACAUGAACCCCCUAAUAACUUUUAAAAACGGAGCUGCACAGAAAAAAAGAGGACUUGAGCACAAACCAGUCUUACAAUAACUACAUGUCAACAUCACAACCAGGGGGGAGAAAAUUUUAAAUUCUGUGUAAUAAAUUUCUAAAGUUUGUCCACAGCUCCAUAGGGAUUGCUGGAGGAGGCGGGUUUUAUCACCUAUACUGCAGCCCGUCACUAGAGGGUGCUGUUCUUGGAGUGGCUUCACCCAGCGAGGAGGCAGACGGCGUCCAUUUCUAUAUACAGUCUAUGUUUUAGCCCCUUUGUGCACCAUUCUCACCAGUGAAUUUUAAAGACAGUUUGUGAUAGAUUUCAUGACUAUGCCCCCGACUCAUUUUAAAUGCUGUUACAAAUGGAUGUGUGUGUUUGUGACGUGCAUAAAUAUGAGCUAAACAAUGAGCAAGAAUUAAGAUCUGAUCUGAUCAUUUCCUUGCCACCAUGUUUGUGUUGCAGGCUAAAUACCAGUGAGUGUUUCACACUCGGUGAUGUCACCACAGUGAAUAUGACCAUGGUCAAAGGAGGCGUGGCCUACAAUGUCAUUCCAGCUGAAAUGGACGUCAGCUUUGACCUAAGGAUACCACCCACAGUCAAUCUGCAGGUGGGGUGCUCGCAUGUGUCUGAAUGAGUAUACUGCAUACUGCUUUCAUGUGUGACCCAAACUUUAGCAGACAUCCGAUCCACAGACAGAUACAUCAGGUGUUACAUGUCCUCUGGCCCAGUGUGAGCUUUACAUCCUCCUUAUUAUUCCAAUUUUUCCCCAGGACUUUGAAAGGCAGAUCAAAGAGUGGUGCAGAGAAGCUGGAGAAGAUGUCACGUACAAAUUCGCUCAGGUCAGUUUAUUCACAUAUUGUACUCAACAUGAGAGUGCUGCUGGUUCCUUUUUGUUGUCAAAGAGAUAAAGAAGUUCACUGCCCUUCAUUUCAGAAACAUAUGAACCAGAACGUGACUUCAACGGAGGAAAGUGAUCCUUGGUGGAACGCCUUUAGCACCACCUGCAAGGCGAUGUGAGUUCAAUAUACGCCCGAGUUGAACAAAUAUGAGCAAUCAAAACUUUGUCUGCAGGUUGAAUGAAUCAGAAUAAGAUUUUAUCCUCUAAUUUUGCUCAAACAAUCCUUCUAAUGCAUUUACUCAUGAGCUCUUCACACCUUAGCUGCAAAUAUUCACACAACUCCCACGGUCCUUUUCCUCAUGGCUAUAAAGAACAGCAUUGUCUAUCCUGUCUCAUGCUGGAGUCAUAAUCAGAGAGUAUGAGUGUCUGUCUUUUGUCAUGAAAAUUAACUGAGUCAUUUUCUUUCGCUGUAGGAAUAUGACUCUGGAAAAGGAGAUAUUUCCAGCAGCAACUGACAGCCGUUUUAUCCGGGCAGUGAGUAUGAGAGCAGGAUGUGACAGCUGAAAAAAAAACACACUAACCCUAUUUUGAUGUUUGACGUUGCUCGGUGAAAGCUAGCCUAGUUUUCUCUGUUUUAAAAUCCAGGUUGGUAUUCCUGCUAUCGGCUUCUCUCCUAUGAAUAAGACACCGAUCCUGCUCCACGAUCACAACGAGUUCCUGAACGAGCAAGUCUUCCUGAAAGGCAUCAGCGUGUUUGAGAGGCUCAUCCCAGCUCUCGCCGGUGUUCCUGCCCGUCCCAAUGAGGCUUAGACAAGUCUGCGUAUUUAAUCCCCUCUACGACACAUUUUACUGAUGAAGUGAUUAUUCAACUUGAUAUAUUUGCAGAGAUUACCAAAGAAUAAUAACACGCACAGUCGAUCAUAAGCCAAAACUGAGCACUUAGCUUUUGAUACGACUGGUUCGUUUUUAUAAUUCUCAGGAUUUAACUUGAUUUCAUGACUCGGUAUCACAUCAGUUUCUUUUAAACAAAACACUUACUGUGUGUCAGUAAUGUUGGAGCGUGCCUGUGCAUAUGCAGUCUUAAAGAAAUAUCAGCAGUUGUGAGAACUGUGAUAGUACUAAAAAAAAAUCAGUGAACUAUAAUGUGAAGAUGACUGAUUGAUAACUGAUCAAUCAGCUUUUACUUGAUUACUUUUUUAGAGUCCGCUUGAUUUUAACUAUCAUUUCACACAUAAAAUUCUAUUUAAUAAACUUGAAUUGAAUAAAUAUGUGAUUACAGAGUCAUUACAUUCAUGAUUGUACUUGAACAAGUGAGAGGUUGUUGUCAAGAGCUCCAUUAAUGAGCAUUUUAAAGCCCAAAUGAUUAAGCAGCAGCUUUAGAGCCGUGCUGUGAGUCAGUUUCUGCCUCCGACAUACAAUUCAAAUAACAGUGUGCUUCAAGGACGUUCAACAUAAAAUUACACAUAGGAAUUGUAAAUCAGUUAUACCUCUGUAUUUGUGUAUGUGUGUUGGUGCAGAUUUUAAAUGGUCCCUAAGAACUAAGUAGCUUCCUAAAGCCAUCGUUAGG